UCUGCGUGAAGCCAUGAACUGGUGCAACCGUGCAAUGGAGAUAAGCCAGCUCUGGUUGCUGUGUGCAACACUCGCCGUGUCACUCCUCUACUACGCGAGCAACCGGAGACGCUGCGUGGGUGGCCGGCGAUGUCCGCCUGGCCCCAUGCCGCUCCCGUUCAUCGGCAACCUGCACAACCUGCGCGGCCACCGCCCACCCACGCUCGCGAGCCUGGCGCGCAUCUACGGCCCCGUGAUGAUGCUAAAGAUGGGCCUCACCACCACCGUCGUCAUCUCCUCCGGCGACGCCGCGAGGGAGGCCUUCACGAAGCACGACCGGCACCUCGCCGCGCGCACGGUCCUGGACGUGGCCCGCUCUCUCGGCUUCGCCGAUCGGUCCAUGAUAUGGCUGCCGAGCUACGACCCUGUCUGGAAGACGCUCCGCGGCAUCGCGGCUGCGAACAUCUUCUCGCCGCGCAGCCUCGCCGCUCUGCGCGGCGUCCGCGAGAGCAAGGUGCGCGACCUGGUGAGCUACUUCCGCGGGCGUGCCGGGGAGGAGGUGGACGUCCGCCACGCCGUGUACGGCACCAUGCUCAGCCUCGUGUCGAGCUCGUUCUUCUCCGUUGACGUUGUGAACCUGAGCGCCGAGUCGGAGAACGAGUUCCGGCAGAGCAUGACGUUCCUCAUGGAGGUGGUCUCGAAGACGAACGUCUCCGAUCUUUUCCCUUUCCUCCGGGCGCUCGACUUGCAAGGGUGGCGUCGCACGACGGAAAAGUAUAUGGGCAGAGUCAUCUCCUUCUUGGAUGACGUGAUUGACCGCCGGUUGGCCGAGGCCGACGGCGCGGCGUCCAAGCACAGGGACUUCCUCGACUCCCUCCUCGAGCUCGUGUCCGCCGGUAAGAUCGCCCGUGACAACGUGACAAUCAUUCUGCUUGACGUGUUUUUGGCAGGGAGCGACACGAUCACGGCCACGGUGGAGUGGGCGAUGGCCGAGCUGCUCCGCAACCCAAGUGAGAUGGCCAAGGCGCGAUCCGAGGUGCACGGCGCUCUCGGCGGCAGGGAAUCCGUCGAGGAGCCCGACAUCGCGAGGCUGCCAUACAUCCAGGCGGUGGUGAAAGAGGCGAUGCGGCUGCACCCGGCAGCGCCGCUGCUGCUGCCGCACCGGGCCGUGGAGGACGGCGUGGAGGUCGGCGGCUACGCCGUGCCGAAGGGCUCGAUGGUGAUCUUCAACGCGUGGGCGAUAAUGCGCGACCCGGCGGCGUGGGAGAGGCCCGGCGAGUUCAUGCCGGAGCGGUUCUUGGCCAGGGCGGAGGAGGUGGACUUCUGGGGGAAGACGUUCGAGUUCAUCCCGUUCGGGUCCGGCCGGAGGGUGUGCGCCGGCCUGCCGAUGGCGGAACGCGUCGUGCCGUUCAUGCUGGCGUCGCUGCUGCACGCGUUCGAGUGGCGACUCCCCGACGGCGUGUCCGCCGAGGAGUUGGACAUGAGCCACAAGUUCACCGUCGCCAAUUUCCGCACCGUCCCUCUCAAGGCCGUGCCCACUCUGAUCCGCAGCGUCAGCUAGAUUGCUAUCUUUAAUUGUAUCAAUGGACAAUGGCCCACCCGUCGAGUUUGAUCGGUCGUCGUAUUCUCACCUUGUUGGGUCUUAAAGUACUUCUAUAGUUUUAAAAUAUAAAUAUUUAUAGUAUUUAAAUAUGAUGCUAUACUACAAAUAAUUGUAUUACUAUCGCGACCACCGACCUUAUAUACGCAUUAUAUUGUUAUGAAACAAAUUCUACGCAGGGACUGAAUAAAAUAUAAGGGG